AAAAAAACUCAUCUUUUAUUGAGCUCCUUGUCAUCUGUUUAUGACGCCAACUCAUUUCUUCAUAUUCUUUGUCCAGUUGUUUGUUGAAUGUAAUAAAAGCUGUCGUUCCGAUCAUCAAACGGAGAUAAAUCGGGCCAAGGAGGAGAGACAAAUGCCUUUAGGUUUAAUCUCGGCAUGGAACAAGCGCCGGAGAAGCAAGCCCCGGAAUCAUACUGAUCCUUGGAUUUAUAAACCAGCAGAGUACUGGCAAAUCGAGGAUCAAACACCUGGACCGACGAAGAGACGCCAUGGAUCAUCGGUUUUUACACUGAAGGAGAUGGAGGCGGCGACAUGCUCAUUCAGUGAUGAGAAUCUGCUCGGCAAAGGAGGAUUCGGCCGAGUCAACAAGGGCACCCUGAAAACAGGAGAGGUUGUUGCGAUCAAGAAGAUGGAGUUGCCGCCGUUCAAAGAAGCUGAAGGAGAACGCGAGUUCCGUGUAGAAGUUGAUAUCUUGAGCAGACUCAACCAUCCGAAUCUGGUUUCGUUGAUAGGUUAUUGUGCAGACGGGAAGCACCGGUUUCUAGUCUAUGAAUACAUGCGAAAAGGGAACCUACAAGAUCAUUUAAACGGUAUCGGUGAAACAAAAAUGGAUUGGCCUUCAAGGCUGAAAGUGGCACUUGGUGCAGCCAGGGGACUUGCUUAUCUCCAUUCUAGUUCUGCUGUUGGAAUCCCAAUAGUUCACAGAGAUUUCAAGUCCACCAAUGUUCUUCUAAGUGCCAACUUCGAAGCAAAGAUAUCGGAUUUCGGACUUGCCAAACUGAUGCCAGAGGGUCAAGAGACUUGCGUGACGGCCAGAGUUCUCGGAACAUUCGGAUAUUUCGAUCCCGAAUAUACAUCGACCGGGAAACUAACUUUACAAAGCGAUGUUUAUGCAUUCGGCGUCGUUCUUCUAGAGCUAUUGACCGGACGCAGAGCUGUCGACAUAAAUCAGGGGCCAAAUGAUCAAAACCUUGUACUCCAAGUUAGGCACAUAUUGAACGACCGGAAGAAGUUACGGAAGGUGAUCGAUCCGGAGAUGGCUCGAAAUUCAUACACCAUUGAAUCUAUAGCCAUAUUCGCAAACCUAGCAUCACGUUGUGUCCGUAUCGAGAGCGGAGAGCGACCCUCGAUGUCGGAAUGCGUGAAGGAACUCCAAUUGAUUUUCUGUACAAAUGCAAAAGGCCUGGGUGUGGGUUUCAGGAUGGGUUGACGUUGUAUCAUUUCAGCAAUAAGGAUGCACC